AUGGACGAUAUCCUGGAAGCCCUCGAGUCUGCUGAUGACUUUUAUUGCGAGCGACUGGGGGUAGUCAAGAUGGACUGUUGGUCCCGCGGCAGGGUGCUGGGAGAUGCAGCGUUCUGCCCGUCGGCAACCACUGGCAUGGGCACUACCAGAAUCCUUGUCGGUGUUUAUAUUUUGGUUGGCGAGAUAGGUAAACAAUGCAAGAGAAGUUUUGGGGGUGAUAUCGAUGGAAGUACGACAAAGGAUGCUCUGUCUCGCGCAUUCAAAGCUUUCUCGGACCGACUUCCAUCGACAUCUUUGGUGUUGCUGUUCUCCAUUUUGCCUUCGCUAUAG